AUGCUAGUGCAAAAGCGAUGGCUUGGCAAGGUACCGGCGGUUGGCACUGUUCUGUCAGCAUGGCCAAAGUUAGAGCAGAUCCUGCCCCCGUGGGCCGUCCUGAAGAGAAUGGACCCGACUCGCCCUCUUGCGGACCAGGUCCGUAAGGCCCGUGUGCUGAUCCCCACCACCGGCCUGGUGACCGCCCGCGACAUCCAGGCGGCCGAGGACCUUCGCCUGGUGGCGCAACCCGCUGCCGGGUACAACAACAUCGAUGUGGAGGCGGCACAGGCGAGGGGCGUGCCGGUCACCAUUGCGCCAGGAUACAACUCCCGCAGUGUUGCGGAGGUGAGCUUGAUGAUGAUCCUGAUGCUGAGUCGCAAGGUGGACGAGGCCAGGCAGGUGUUUGAGCGGCGGGAGCCCAUCGGGGGCCCCGUGGGCAGGGAGCUGUACGGCAAAACACUGGGUAUUGUGGGAAUGGGCAAGGUCGGCAAGUGCCUGGCUGCGGCGGCGCAGGGACUGGGCAUGCAGGUUCUCGGUGUCACCUCCCGCUCCCCCCGGCGCGACCUGGAGCACCUCCUCUCCUCCUCCCACAUCGUCUCACUGCACUGCCCCCUCACACCCGCCACACGGGGCCUCAUAGGGCCCACAGAACUGGCCCUCAUGCGCCCUGACGCCAUCCUCAUCAACGCGGCGCGGGGCUCCGUAGUUCAGCGCGACGCGCUGUGGGCGGCGCUGCACGGGGGCCGGUUGGCGGGUGUGGGGCUGGACACCCACUGGGUGGAGCCCGCGCCACGGGGUGAUCCGUUGUACGGCCACCCGCGUGUGCUGGCGCUGCCGCAUCUGGGCAGUAUCUCCGCUGAGGUGUACGACAGGUUUGCGGGAAUAUUGGCGGAGAAUAUCGUGCGAGUGCGGGAGGGGAGGGAGCUGCUUCAUCGGCUGUGCUGA